CAGACAAUCCGCAGCCCCUGUCUCUGGGCACUCACCAGACAACCCCGCUGAGAACUCUCCUCUCCAAACACGGGACAAUGAGGCUUUGGUUGUAUCUCGUUCUCAUUGCAGCAGCGUUUGAAGGCGCCCGGUCCCAGGUGCAGCUGGUGGAGUCCGGAGGGGAUGUGAAAAAGCCCGGAGACUCUCUCCGCCUCUCCUGCAAAGCCUCCGGGUUCACCUUCAGCAGCUACUGGAUGGACUGGGUCCGCCAGGCUCCCGGGAAGGGGCUGGAGUGGGUCGCCAGCAUUUACAGCACCAGCAUAUACUACAGUGACUCGGUAAAAGGGCGAUUCACCGUCUCCAGAGAUGACCCCAACAACCUGCUGUAUCUGCAAAUGACCGGCCUGAAGCCCGAGGACACCGCCCGGUAUUACUGUGCGAGAGACACAGUGAGGGGAAUCCCGAUACUGCUAAUACAAAAACUCAAGAUGCAGAAUCUUUUCUGUCAUGCGCCGCAUGGGGGCAGCACUUCCCCGAACAAUCCAGCCCUGGGCACAGGAACGGGAGCUACAACCAGAGCGAAAAAUCAUCUCUCGUCAGGUGCCUGGUCCCAAAUCCAGCUGGUCCAGUCCAGGCCCAGCGUGGUGAAGCCCGGAGAGCCCCUCUCACUGACCUGCACCGUGUCUGGUUACUUCAUUUCUUCUGGCUCCGACUGGGCUUGGAGCCGGCAGGCUCCUGGGAAAGGCUUGGAAUAUAUGGGGCAUAUAUACGGACCUAGCCAGGGCACCAACUACGCCCCGGCUUUCCAGAGCCGAAUCACCAUUGCCGCAGACACCACCAAGAACCAGCUCCACUCGCUGACAGCUGCAGACACUGGCACCUAUUACUGCGCCAGACAAAUAGUGACACAGAGGGACCCUGCCCUGUCAGAAGGGAACAUCGCCAUGUACUGA